AUGAAUGAUACUAGUCUUCUCGGCGUUCUUGGAAACACAUCAUUUAUUUGGAAAUUUAUUGCUGGAACUGUUGUGAUGUUUAUUGGAGUGACAGGAAAUUUGACAACAUGCUUUGUGAUCCUUUGCUCUAGAAAACUUCACACGUCGACUUACACAGUUAUCGCAAUGCUAGCAUUAUCGGAUCUAAUGGCUGUUAUUGUGCGCUAUAUUGAUACAUUUUAUGAUUUAUAUAUGAAUGUGUUCUUGGAAGUGUACUACAUAAUCUGGGGCUUUGUUUACUUCACUCUUCAUGCUUCCUGUGCCCAUAUCAUUCUGCUCUUCUAUGUCCGCUACCGUCUAGUUGUUUCACCACUAUUAUCAUUAAGUAACUUUACCCCCUCACGAGUGAUUCGUAUUUCCAUUUUUCUGUGGUUGCUCAGCAUAAUUUUUGGAUACACAUACGGCUGUUUCAGCUAUUAUGUCGACGUCGCAGAGAUGGGAUCAAAGCCAGUCUCUUUGUCUACCGCUUACAUUGUAGAUGGCGUUGUUGCACUUUUCCUCAUUGCAUUACCGGUCAUCAUAAUUAUGAUCUUUCAUUUCAAGAAAAUUAUUAUUAUCAGACUUUCUAAUUCCUCUUCUGCAGUUCGUUUAUCCAAACAAAUGACAGUGAUCAUUGUGAUUGUAAUAACCAUUCACUGUGCAAGCAUUCUACCUUUCUGUUUCUAUGCGUGGAUGGAGGUGUAUUUGAAGCUUAAAAAGACGUACCUUUCUAUUGAUAUCAAACUGUUACGUGAUACCAGCAUUGCCAUGUUUUUCCUUAAUCACACAAUCAAUCCUAUCAUUUACUUUGUUUGGUCCAUGAAGAUGAGAGGUAAUUCUUCACCUCGGCAAAGAUCUUACAUAACAAAUCCCGACAUCAGAAGUGUCUCUGGCAGUUUUUCAGGAUCGAGAGAAACUGUUCUCAACUUUCCAAAUUAG